AUGGUGCGGAUCUUGGCCAACGGGGAGAUUGUGCAGGACGAUGACCCGCGCGUGAGGACCGCCCCCCCACCCCGCAGCAGCACCCCGCGGCAGAGCUUCCUCCAUCGGGGCCAUGGGGCCCCGCUGGGGGGUCCCGGCCUCCGGCAGCCGCAGGGGGGAGCCAGGCUGGGCGCCGCCGCUCAGUCUCCCUUCAGCGACCUCAACCGGCAGCUGGUGAACAUGGGCUUCCCCCAGUGGCAUUUUGGCAACCAUGCCGUGGAGCCGGUGACCUCCAUCCUGCUGCUCUUCCUGCUCAUGAUGCUGGGCGUGCGCGGGCUGCUGCUGGUGGGCCUCGUCUACCUGGUGUCCCACCUGAGUCAGCGGUGA